AAGCAGAAAGAAAUUAGGAUAUGGAUAUGUGAACAGAGCUCUAUGCUUCUUCAUCAAUGGCUUCCAUUAGUAGCUUACACAGUUGGUCAUCUAAUCAACAUUCUCGUCUUCCUCGAAUCAUUUCUGAGGCUGACCAGUCUCGACCCAUUAACCAAUUCGUCGCCUUUUCGGUUCCCAUAUCCAGAAGAGACGCGAGUAUCAUCCUUCUCGGCUCGCUUCCAUUGACGAGCUUCUUUGUUCUACCGCCGAGCUCUUCGGAAGCGAGAGAGAGACGGAGCAGAAAAGUUAUCCCUCUCGAAGAAUAUUCCACUGGCCCUGAAGGGUUGAAAUUCUAUGACAUUGAGGAAGGCAAAGGUCCAGUAGCCACAAAGGGAUCAACUGCUCAGGUGCAUUUCGAUUGCCGUUACAGAAGCAUCACUGCAAUUUCUACUCGAGAAUCCAAGCUUUUAGCUGGAAAUCGUAGUAUUGCUCAGCCUUACGAGUUCAAGGUGGGAUCAACGCCAGGAAAGGAAAGGAAGCGUGAAUUCGUUGACAAUCCAAACGGGUUGUUCUCUGCACAGGCUGCACCAAAACCUCCUCCAGCAAUGUAUUACAUAGUCGAAGGAAUGAAAGUCGGAGGCAAGAGAACGGUGAUUGUUCCUCCAGAAGCUGGUUAUGGUCAGAAAGGAAUGAAUGAGAUACCGCCUGGAGCUACAUUUGAGUUAAACAUAGAGCUGCUUCAGGUGACUCCUCCCCCAGAAGAGAACGAUAUCUCCGGUAGCUUCUUUUCCCGUGGAAAUCUACUGAGAAAAAUGGAGACUUCUCUGAGAUAUGCUACCAAUUCCAGGUCUUUGAAAAUUCAUGCCAAGGAGAAGUUCCCGGUGAACUCCAAAACUCGCCUGCAGCUUCAUGGAGAGCUAGAUACAGGAGCUGGAGUGCCAAGUUACUUCUGUGCUAUGAUAAGACACUUUUUCCAUGAGGCUUCAACAAGCCUUGGAGUUGGUUUGCAUUAUGAUAAACGCGAAAAGCUUCGGUGUCUUGUACGUGGGAAAAAGAAGUUUCCUGUGAUAACUGAUGAGGUUGUAACCUUUAAUAUCAAAGGAAGAUGUGAUUUUGACCAAGACUUUGUUCAGAGGAACGCGAAAGGAGCUGCUGAAUUUGAUUGGAACAUAUGGAAGUUUCAGAAAGAUCAGGAUGUACGCCUCAGAAUUGGCUACGAAAUGUUUGAGAAGGUCCCUUAUUUGCAGAUUAGAGAAAACAAUUGGACUUUCAACACCAACUUGAAAGGAAAAUGGAAUGUGAGGUUUGAUCUAUAGUGAAUAAACAAGAACAGAAACA